AUGACAUCUGACAAAGAGCUCGCUAGACUCGUUACGGUUGAUCCAGGUCUCCCACGUCCAAACCCAACAGAAGCAUACUGGCAACGUAUCCCACAUGCUCUCGCUAACGUACAGUCGGCGAAUCUGCCAAGUGAAAGAGACUACGCCGUCAUUGGUUCCGGCAUCACUGGCCUUUCUGUCGCUAUGACCCUUUUAGAGCAUCAUUCGGCCACAACAGUCACAGUCUUGGAAGCUCGUACAAUUUGCUCCGGGGCGACAGGGCGCAAUGGCGGUCAAAUGACAGCCAACGCAGGAGAGGAAUAUAUGCAUCUUGCGGAAAUUCAUGGCCCUCAAAUGGCCGGCAAGAUUGUGAAAUUUACACUUCGCAACCUGCAAAAGAUGCAAGAGCUGAUAGAAGAAUACGAUGCUGUCGAGAUGAGUGAGAUGCAGCGCUUGAAGAAAUUGCGUGUCUUCUUGACCGAGGGCAAAUUUAAUAACUUUAAAGAGAGUAUUGCCCGGCUGGAAGCCGAUCAUCCUUCGAUGAAAGGCUUUUACACGAUCCUUGAUGCGGACACUCUACUCAGAGACUACGGAGUCCAUAACUCUGCUGGUGGUGCCUUGCUUCCCGCUAGUACUGUAUGGCCAUAUCGCUUGGUCACAAAGGUUUUUGAUGCUUUAUUGAAGAAAUACCCCGACCGACUCACUAUUGAGACCAACACACCCGUCGACUCUGUCGAACACAAUGAGAAUUUUUCAACACCAAUAACCUCCAUAUUUCCUUAUACAGUCCGCACACCUCCGGGCAUCUCCUCCCCUAACUUGCGGGGUCGCAUCCAUCCAUUCAAAGGAACCAUGACAGUUCAAGACCCGGGUACUUCAGUGCCUAACCAGGGAACAUCCGUGUCAUGGGGUUUCCAUUAUCCGCCCAUCUAUGACCCAGACACUGAGCGUCAUGGAUAUGGGUUAUACUACCUGGGCCAAAGCGCAAAGACAGGCUAUUUCUACUUCGGAGGCGAAAACGCACGGAUGGACGAAGCUGUAUCAGCGGAUGACAGUUUUGUUAGCCACCAUUCGGUCAGCCAUCUCCAAUCGGUCCUCCCACGGUUUUUUGGAAAGAGGGACAAUCCACCUUGGAGGCUGGUUAGUUCUUGGGCUGGAAUCAUGGGCUUCUCAUCAGAUGGGUUGCCCCUGAUUGGGCAACUGCCCUUAGCUCUCACUGGGCGACGUGGUGAGGGAGAAUGGAUUGCUGCCGCUUUCAAUGGCUAUGGGAUGGCUAAUUGUCUCAUGAGCGGAGAGGCGUUGGCUUUAAUGAUAUUAGGGGAGAAUGUACGCGACUGGCUCCCUGGUGCCUAUGAAGUGAGCGAAAAGAGAUUACAGAGUAUUCUUACACCCCUCGAAGCGGUCAAAGCGCUAAGCUCAAAGUUAUGA